CCAACCCAACCCAACCCAACCUUCUCUCUCUCUACUCUCUCAAAAUAGAAAAACAAGAAAUGGGUUCGACAGGAGAGAACAAAACAAUACCCAUGGAAGAAGCAGAGGAAGAAGAAGCAUGUUUGUUUGCCAUGCAACUAGCCAGCAUCUCAGUCCUUCCCAUGGUCUUGAAAUCAGCCAUAGAGCUCGACCUCCUCGAGACUAUCUCUAAGUUGGCUAGCCCUGGUGGCUAUGUGUCUCCCUCGGAGAUCGCAGCUCACAUCCCAACUAAGAACCCAGAUGCACCGGUGAUGGUGGAUCGGAUUCUCAGGGUGCUGGCGAGCUACUCUGUUGUAAAGUUUAGUGCCAGAGAGCUCCCCGGUGGAGGAGGGAUCGAGAGGCUCUAUGGCCUUGCUCCGGUGUGUAAGUUCUUGACUAAAAAUGAUGAUGGAGUUUCGAUGGCUCCUCUUCUUCUCACGAGCGGUGACAAGGUCCUUAUGGAGAGUUGGUAUUAUUUGAAAGAUGCAGUUCUUGAUGGUGGAAUUCCAUUCAAUAAGGCCUAUGGAAUGACUGCAUUCGAAUACAGUAGCACCAACCUCAGAUUCAGCAAGGUGUUCAAUCUGGGAAUGUCUAACCCCACCACCAUGAUCAUGAAGAAAAUUCUUGAGACUUACAAAGGUUUCGACGGCCUCACCACACUCGUCGAUGUCGGAGGCGGCAUCGGAGCUACACUUAACAUGAUCGUCGCCAAACAUCCAACCAUCAAGGGCAUUAACUUUGACUUGCCUCAUGUUGUUGAAGAUGCGCCAUCUUACCCCGGAGUGGAGCAUGUUGGGGGUGACAUGUUUGUUAGCGUACCAGAAGGAGAUGCCAUUUUCAUAAAGUGGAUAUGCCAUGAUUGGAGCGACGAACACUGCUUGAAACUUUUGAAAAACUGCUACAAAGCAUUGCCGGACAAUGGGAAGGUGAUUAUUGCCGAGUUGAUUCUCCCUGAAGUCCCGGACACCAAAAUCGUGACUCAAAUUGUCAUCGGUGUCGAUGCUAUCAUGUUGGCUAACACCCCGGGUGGGAAAGAAAGGACGGAGAAGGAGUUUGAGGCCUUGGCAAAGAGGGCUGGAUUUGCAGGUUCCCGCCUUAUGUGCUCUGCUUACAAUACGCAUGCCCUAGAAUUUCUCAAAAACAUUUGAGUUUUUUAGUCUGUGAGUUGGUCAGGGUUGUUUUCCAAUCCCUGUAACUUUUUUUUCUCAUUGAAGGAAAUAAAAAUGUGCUGAACUCUCUACUUCUACCAAGUUUAAGUUUUGAGGAUGUGGAAGUAUGUGGAUUAUUAUUUUGGAAGUACUAUGAAAAUAUGAAUCAAGCCCACAAA